UUAUUAUUUACAUUAUUACAAUUGCUCAUAAUGUAUUUUGUCUUAGAUUUAAAACCUCUCUCUGCUGGUGAUGCCGAAGAAGACCUGGCUCUUGGUUCGAAGAUGCUUUACCUCUCCAAGCAGGUAAAUACACUGCAGCAGCGUGUGGAACUUAAUAAACUAGAUCGUCAAACAGUUUGCUGGGAGGAAGUUGAGGAUCUCACUGAUUUUCCCUGCUUGGAUGAGGAGCAACUCGGAUCCCUUACAUGUGGCACAUACCAGUUACACUUAUCACCAAGUUAUGCCCAGGAGCACAUUGAAGGUGACUGCGCCAUUCGUAUUCACAAAGACGAGCCAGGUCUAUUACGACUGCAUUUACAGAGCCGCCACGUCUCCUCUAAAUCCUACUUAUUGUGGAUCAGAGACGAAUCAGGUGAGAUCUGUGGCUGGUACUAUAAAUGCAGAGCUGGUGCACGAGUGGUCGGAAUGUGUGUCCAUGUGGCAGCUAUUCUGUGGUAUGUUGGCGAUGCUCGUCACCACAAGGAAGGGAAACUGGGUGUGAGAGACUGGGGUAAGUUCAUCAGUGACGCUUCAUUAGUCGAUGACUCCGACAAUUCGAGUGACAGUGAGGAAAGUGAACCAGAGGAAUUAAUGACUUAACUCCA